AUGUGCUUGUUGAAAUCAACUGGAGUAUCCCUCAUCCUGUCCAUACUUCUAUUCAUCGCAGACUCUUACCCAAGCAGCGACAAGACAAACAUGGGUUGUGAGGAAUGCACACUGAAACCGAACACAAUAUUCCCCAACAUCAUGCAGUGUACAGGUUGCUGCUUCUCCAGAGCUUAUCCAACCCCACUACGGUCAAAGCAAACCAUGCUGGUCCCCAAGAACAUCACCUCUGAAGCCACAUGCUGCGUUGCAAAAGAAGGGGAAAGGGUCACCACUAAGGAUGGCUCACCUGUGACGAAUCACACAGAGUGUCACUGCAGCACCUGUUAUUACCAUAAAUCAUAAACAGUCUGUAAGGGCUGGAAAUCUCCUUGUCGUAGAAGCAAAAGGUUGGCAACAGAUUAUAUAUUUUGCCCUACUUAUUACUGAAGUUCCUUGUGUUUUAAGAGAAAUCCCAUAUUAGGAAAUCAUUGUGAUCCACAAAAGGUAAUAUUCUGCGGAUAAUAUUUAUAGUGCUCUUAUGGUUGCAAUGAUAUAAAGCUGUAUUCCUGUA